AUGGAGAGUACUAACAACAACAACAACAACAACAACAAUAACAACGCGAGACGGAGAGUGCAAUCGAUUCGAGACCACGUUCUUCUUCAUUCACAACAAAACGCGUUUUCGACGUUUCACGAUUUCGAGGACGACAAUGGACGAGAUUUUUUAUCCAAUUUCAACAACAACAACGCGCGCAUUCAUCAGACGACGACGAGCAUGAUGACCACGCAUCGAACGAGUAGUAACACGUACGCCUCGGCGACUGGGGAACCGACGUCGUACGAGAAAAUGCACGGGUACGUCUCCCAAGAACCGGUGUGUUGGGAAGAGUGCGUUCCGGAAACGGAGUUUUCACAUUUGAUGCACACGAAACCGAUAUUGGAAGAAGUGAUUUACGAGAAAUCGAAAAUCGAAGAUAUGAGGAGAGAAGGAGGAAAGAUUGCACGAAUCACCAUCAACAGACCGGAGAAAAGAAACGCAUUCACGCCAAAAACAAUCAAGGAAAUGCAGAGAUGUUUUGAUGACGCGAGAGACGACGCGACAGUCGGGGUGGUUGUGUUGCGCGGCGCCGGAGACUUGGCGUUUUGUUCCGGAGGAGAUCAGAGCGUACGAGGUGACGGUGGCUACGUGGAUGAGAGGGAGGAACGAGGAGGAAAAAAAGUUCCGAGAUUAAACGUUUUGGAUUUACAGAUGCAAAUUCGUCGAUUGCCGAAACCAGUGAUCGCGUCGGUGGCUGGAUAUUGCGUCGGCGGCGGACACAUCUUACAUAUGAUUUGCGAUUUGACCAUCGCGGCGGACAACGCGGUGUUUGGACAGACUGGACCAAAAGUUGGGUCGUUCGAUGCGGGAUACGGGUCCACGCACAUGGCGCGGCUAAUAGGGCAGAAGAAAGCGAGAGAGAUGUGGUUUUUAGCGAGAAUGUACGACGCGAAAGAGGCGUUGAAUAUGGGAUUAGUCAACUGCGUCGUACCUUUGAAAGAUUUAGAGCGAGAAACGGCGACGUGGUGUAGAGAAAUUUUGCGGAACUCGCCGACAGCUUUGCGAUUAACGAAGAACGCGCUGAACGCGGCUGAGGAUGGGCAAGCUGGCAUUCAAGAUUUAGGCGGGUCCGCAACUAUGUUGUUUUAUCAAAGCGGCGAAGGUGCCGAAGGGAGGAGAGCGUUCCUGGAGAAACGUGCGCCAGACUUUUCGCAGUUUCAAAGGUUUCCGUAA